CUUCCCGUAUAUGCUUUGAUUGACUGUCAAAGGAACAAGUGAACUUGAUAGAGACGGAAAGAGUUCUCGGACGAAAGUACCGACAUGAUUGGAGAGGAGCUUUUGUACGAGCCCUUCGUCAUCACGCUAUUUCUUGGAUUAGUAUCCGUCCUGUCCUUAUAUUGGUACUCCACUCGAAAUGCUAAUUACUGGAAGAAGAGAGGAAUCCCUUACGUUAAACCAGUUUUACCUUUUUUUGGCUCAACAUUUGCUUUUUUGUUCAAACCAUUUCAUGAAAUAGAAUGGGAACGUUAUCAAAAGCUAGGACCAAUCUAUGGAUUCUUUGAAGGCAGCCGACCUCUCUUGUCAGUUGCAGACCCUAAACUUAUCCGGGAGAUUCUUGUGAAAGAGUUUCCAUCGUUCGCCAAUAGAAGAGACUUUCUCUCUGGGAAUGCUAUCGUAGACUCGAUGUUACCCUCGCUGACCGGAGAGGACUGGAAGCGGGUGAGAAGCGUUGUUUCACCAACCUUCACCACCGGUAAAAUAAAAAGGAUGGUAAACAUCAUUAAAGAGUGUAGUGAGACAUUGAUGCAGAAUUUCAAAAACAUUGCAAAAAGUGGUAGAUCUUUUAAUGCUAAAGAAUUUUAUGGCGCCUUUACACUUGAUGUUAUAGCAAGCUCCGCUUUUUCAACUAAAUUGGAUUCACACAAAGAUCCAAAUAAUAAAUUUGUUCGAGCUGCUAGACAAGGAUUUUCAACUAAUUUCACUUGGAGAAUUGCUUUAUAUCAAUUAUUUCCAAGGCUGAUGCAAGCAUUCGGGAUUCCUUUUAUUCCUUCAACACCAACUAAUUUCUUCAAGGACCUCACUCUGCAGUUGAUAGAACAGAGAAACAAAACGGGCCAGACCAGAAAUGAUUUCCUGCAACUCUUGAUGGACACGGUAAAGGAAGUCAGCCAAGGACAGAAAUGGGAAUCGGCAAGCGACAAAGAUGAUAUCACAUCUAAUUAUGGUCAAGACGAGAGCACUCAUAUCGCCAAGAGCGUCACCAAUAAAAAUCUCUCACUGGACGAACUGGUAGCGCAAUGCGUCAUUUUUUUCCUAGCUGGUUAUGACACUACUGCAACGACUCUGUCUCAUGCAUCUCAUCUUCUUGCUUUGCAUCCCGAGGUCCAAAGCAAAGCAUAUGAAGAGAUCCGUGAAGUUAUAGAAAAACAUAAGGGUGAACUGACUUAUGAAGCACUUCAAGAAAUGAAAUAUCUUGAUAACAUUAUAUCCGAGACUUUACGGAUUUAUCCGCCAGUCACCAGAUUGGAAAGGUUGACAACAUCUGAUUGUAAAUUAGGAGACACUGGUAUAACAGUCCCUAAGGGCAUGGUUGUCACUAUUCCAAAUCACGCUUUGCAAAACGAUCCCAAAUACUUCCCAAAUCCAGAGGAAUUUGACCCGGACAGGUUUACGCCAGAGGAACGUGGGAAACGGGAUCCUUAUGUUUACCUGCCCUUCGGAUCUGGUCCGAGAAACUGCGUCGGAAUGCGAUUUGCCCUUAUGGAAGUAAAAGCAUGUCUUGCCUAUGUUAUCGCCAAUUUCAAGCUUCAAAGAAGCCCAGAAACUAAGGUUCCUUUGGAGUUUCAACUGGGGCCAGGACUUCUGCACGUUAAACAACUGGUUCUUAAAUUGGAAGAAAGAACAAAUAAAAUUCCUUUGAAAUAACAUUUUAUACUGAAAUGAUGUAUAGAAAGUAGAAUUAAUAAUAAUAAAAAAAAGAACAAAAAAUAUAAUAUUUUAUGUAAUAUUUUAGUGAGAAAAGAGAUAAAACAUAUUGUAGUGUUUGAAUUUCAUGCUUAUUAUAGUUUAUUAAUUUGAAGUUUAAAGAAUUUUUGAAAGAAAAAAUGUUUUAUCAAAGAUGAAAUAAAUACUAAUAAGUAAAGCAGUAUCUUAUACGUUUAAACAAUACUUUAUAAUAUUUUUUUAAAUAUUUGCAGAUGUAAAUAUCAAACAAUUGGACAUAUCCGACUCUUCUCAGUAUUAAUUUAAUGCGAAAAUUUCAUAAUAAGUUCAAAGAAAUAUAUGAAAACGAAUAUAUCGUGUUUUAUUGCUUUAAAGUUAUAUUUUUUAUAGAUAGCUGAAGACAGAAGAUUUUCCUUCUUGCAGAAACGUAAUUUUACAGUUUAUUUUUCAACUCGCAUCUUGUUGCACUAGUUUUCUGAAUUUUCGAAAACUAGUGCUCGAUAUUAUUACGAUAUUAUCAUAUCAUCAAAAAUUAUUCAAUAACUCUAUGGAAUUAAAAUUAAUCAAUUAAGAGGUAAUAUUUAUCGAGAAUUAGAGAAAAAAUUAUUUUAAAAUUCAAUCACAUUUAUGAUAAUUAAUUAUGAUAUAGUUCAAGGUCUGAUUAAAGAGCUUUCUAAAUAUGCUUUAAUUAAGGUAAUAAAAAGAGAAAAAUAACUUUUUUGUCUAAAAAUGGCGUCAAAAUAAAAUCAUAAAAACUCGAUAAGCUGAAAACAAAAAAAAAAUCAAUUCA